GAUCUUUCCAUGAAGAGUACUAUGUCUGCUUUCUUUGAGUUUUCCGUAAAUGCUAGUUGGAAAGUGCAGGUCAGCAUAGUGAGCCAGGAACCAGUUCUUUUCAAUUGUUCCAUUGAAGAGAAUAUUGCCUUUGGCUUGGGUGGCAAAGCAAGCAUGAGCGAUAUAGAAAUCGCAGCUAAGAUGGCAAAUGCCCACGAGUUCAUAUCAAAUUUUCCCGACAAAUACCAAACGAGUGUGGGUGGACGUGGAUUAAGGCUUUCUGGUGGUCAGAAACAGAGAAUAGCAAUCGCGAGAGCUCUACUCAUGAACCCACGGGCUCUACUUCUGGACGAGGCCACAAGUGCCCUUGAUGCAGAAAGCGAAUUUCUUGUUCAGGUAUAUUCUCCACAAAGUACAGAUUCUUAUGUUCUUGGAGAUCCCCAUUAUAAUAAUCUCGGAGUGGUUGCAGGAUGCCAUGGACUCUCUAAUGGAAGGGAGGACAGUACUUGUGAUAGCUCAUAGGCUUUCAACCGUCAAAACUGCAAAC